UCAUAAUUUAUCUCUUUUACAAAUUCAAUUCUAAAAAACUUCCGUUGAAAAUAACAGAACCGGCAUUUCAGUAGUGCGAAGUUAGUUUUGUUAUUGAAAAUUGUAUUCCAUGCAGACGAUGUUCACUCCGGUCGCCAUUAUAGCCACGACUUAGCGUAAAAAUCUUGUGUGAAAUGGUGUUUAGGUUAUUUAGUUUAAAAUUAAAAUAUUGUGCAACGAAAACGCAAUAAACAGUGUGUGGUUACGUUAAACUGCGGUAAAGUGAUAAAGAUCGCGCCUUAACCGCGAAUUUUGAUUGGCAAUUACACCAGACAUGAUCGAAACAAACCCACUAAGAAGUGAUAAGCCUAUGAUAACAGUGCCUCAAAUUAUAUAUCAUAAGAUUUAACGCGUAACUCUUUAACUAUUUGUUUAAAACUUUUACUAUUAAUUUUAACUUGUAUUAUUCGAAGCCAGUAAUUAGAUUUUGUUUUAAAUUAACCUUUAAGUGAGUAAUUGUUUUUCGGGAGUGUAUUUUAUAUCGUAUGGUUAAUCUGUGGGUAGUUGUGUAAAUUGUAAGUGCAAGCAUGAAAAUUCCGGAAACAUCUGCAAACGUUGGCGCUUAUUAUGGCAACGAGGAAAAUGGGCAGUGGCAGCCAAACGGCGUGAUAAUCGACAGCGGAGUGGGCGGCGGCGUGGUCGGCAGCGGCGACGCGGGCGUGCACCGUCCGCCCGUCUACCCCGUGCACAUACCCAGGGGGCACAUACCAGCAGGAUACGUGAUGGCAGGCGCGUACUACCCACCACAGUACCCGCCCGCGCCCCCCGCGCAGCCGGACGACUUUGAAGACUACAUGUGGAUGGAGAAUGAGGAGGAGUUCGACAAGCAAGUGAUGCAGCAGUUAGAAGAAGAAGCGUUGAUGGAGCAAUGUAUAGAGGCGAUGUUAGAAGACGAGCAGCGGGAACAGAGGCACAGGCCUGUCUCCAAUGGACACAACCAUCCUACAACAAGCAACGGCUCAGGGUCUCUGUCACUAGAAGAGGCAGUAUCCAGGUCUACACUCAACCCGCUGGCGGCUGAGUUCGUCCCCAACAGAGCGCGACAGCCACCUGAAGAAAAGAAACAGGAGAGCGCAAACACAGAAGUAAAGACUGAAGUCAAAGCAGAAGCGGAGAGUGCGAAAGAAGUGGUUCCAGAAGUGACGCAGAAGGACACAGUUGACGGCAAAGAAGAGCAAAUCACAGAACAGAGUAAAACAGAAGAAUCAAUACAACCGCCAACCGAGCCUCCAGAAGUCAGCGCGGCAGACAUAGUUCCAAUAGACUCAGACAAAGACAAGAGAUCGCCACGAGACGUCAAAAAAGACGUGAAAGCCAAGCCGGACGUCAAGAAGACGCCAAAAGUGGACGUCAAGGCCAAGGCUCGGCCGGUCGCGGUCAAGUCUGAGCCUAAAGUGCAGCCGAAGAAGAAGGAGUUGAGCGUCAAAGUUGUUAAGAGUGACGUGAGAGUGGAAGAGAGAGAAGAGGCGCCCGUUGUCGAAGUUGUUAAACAAUCAACCCCACCAGUGACAGAAGAAUCGACGCAGCCGGGAAUCAAACCCAUCAACUACGCCGCGGCGGCGAAAGCCAACAAACCCAAAAAGCCCACCACGCCACCAGUCACAGAAAAAAUCCCGCCACAGGCGACGAAAACCGAAAAAAUCCAAAAACAACCAAUCCUAAAAGACAGUAGAGUGAAAGAAAAAUCUACACCCAAAAUGGAAAAAACCAGUGUACAAAGAAAAAACUCUAUGAAAUAAAAUAUACGUUCUUUGGAGGCAAAAUUUAAAUGUACAAAAAAUCUUAAAUAUUAUGUUAUAAUAUUUGCCCUGGUUCUGUGACCUACGGGGAGUGUGGCAACACUGCUACUAAAAAUUACCAAUUGCUACUAAAAACCUGAAUUCUUCUAACGCUGAUGUCGGUCGCGUACGAAUGCACAUUAUUGUUGUCUUAAGAGAAGUAUUCAAAGCGCGCUGCAUACAAACCUAGUUUGAUUCUGAUUUGAAUAUUACUCAAUUAAAUUAAUUUUGUACACAUGUUCUAUAAAUUAACACCUGUGUAUGUGGUUUGCGUGUUUUUACGGAAAUCUGGCAAACCACACAAGUUAUUAAUUUCUAUUAUGUAUUCACAAAAUUUUGAUUCAUUUCAUUCAUUCGUUUUGGUUCAAUAAUAUUCAAAUGGGAAUCAAACUUUGUAUGUAUGUAACACACUCAAAAGCCCUCGAGGUAAACUUCCUAAAACUUAUAGGAUUUCUAUAGAUGCCUAUUCCAAAUUAAAAUCCAUAAAAAUGUGCAUGCAAAUUUUUCAAUAUUCGAAAUAUUUGCCUCUUAUGUUCCACAAAAAUGUGAUUGACUAUUCAAAAAAUUCGUCAUCUCAUUAUAUUCCACGAAAAUGCGUAUGAAUAUAUUAAACAAAUUCAAUAUUCAAAAAUUCGUCUCGUAUGGUCCACAAAAAUGCGCAUGAAUAUUCGACAAAUUUUCCAAUAUUCCAAAAAAGUCGCUUGUAUUUUUUUUUUACAAGAUUUUAUCACGCAAGACGAUGGUAUUAUGUAUAUCAACUAAAACAAUUUAAACGCACGGCUGACCGUCAACCAAACCAAUCUAAUUUUGCAAAUCAGAUAGAUUUAAUAAAAAAAAUUGCAACUUAAAUGCCUUCAAGGGUGAAUAGGCAUCUAUGACAGCGCGCUAACCUAGAUUGUUUUUUUAAACAUGAUUGUCAUCAAACAUAAAAAAAAACCUAUCUCGCAAUUUAAAAAAAAAAAAAAACUUUUUCAAUAACAGUAUAAUACUUCUUUGUUUUUCAAUAACAGUGUAGCUAGCCGGACUAGCAAAAGCAAAGGAAAAAUUCAGGCCUGACUCUUUUUAUUAUCAUGGCAAUUUUAAGGGGAUGUAAAAAUCAUCAUCUACCUACAGCCUUGACAAAAAAAAAACUAAAAAACCUAAAUAACCUGAAUUGUUUUAACAAUUUAUUGAUUUGUGUUUUAUAGUAAUGACGAAAACGCUACUGAAAAAUUAAAAUUACCAUUUGGUUGCCCUGGCGUUAAUGUGGCAACACUGAGGAAAAAGCUAC